AUGGCGACAGAUACGCCCAUCGACGAACAUGCUGUCAAAGAGCAUGAUACCUUGAAAUACAGUCUUCUCGGCCCCUCUCUGACCAAGUCAGGACAAGACAAUGUCGACCAGCAAAAGGUAUCGGAAAUCAUCUACAACGCCUCCAAAGGCUCCAAGUAUUUCAACAACGAAGAAAGUCGCGACAAAAACCUAACCCAAAAAAUCGAUCGAAUCCUCACCAAGAAGAAACAACUCGAGAAGCUAGACCUGGCAUCCGAUCGUCGCAAAGCAGAUGACUAUAUCGCCGAACUCGAGCUCACAAGAGACUUGUCGCAAUGGAUUGUGCACAUCGAUUGCGAUGCAUUCUAUGCCGCGGUCGAGGAACUGGACCGCCCCGAGCUGAAAGACGUCCCGUUCUCUGUCGGUAAGGGAGUCUUGACAACGUGUAACUACCAUGCGAGGAAGUUCGGGUGUAGGAGUGGGAUGGCGGGGUUUGUGGCCAAGAAGCUGUGUCCGCAGCUUAUUCAGAUACCGUUAGAUUUCGACAAGUAUACAGCGAAGGCACAGGAGGUUAGAGAGAUUAUUGUGGACUACGAUCCGAGGUUUGAGAGUGCGAGUAUCGAUGAGGCGUAUUUGAAUAUCACGGAAUAUUGCCAGAGGAACGAGAUUGGACCGGAGGAGGCGAUUGAACAGCUUCGGAGAGAGGUUCAUGAGAAGACGAAGAUUACGAUAUCUGCCGGCAUCGCAGCGAAUGCGAAGCUGGCGAAGAUUUGUUCGAAUAAGAACAAACCGAAUGGACAGUUUCGACUUGCGAAUGAUAGGAGUGAAAUUAUGGCUUUCAUGCGAGAUUUGCCUACGAGGAAGGUUAAUGGCAUUGGGCGUGUUUUCGAGAGAGAAUUGGAUGCUAUAGGAGUCAAGACUUGUGGCGAUAUCUACGGUUAUAGACAGUUUUUGUCAAAGCUAUUCGGAGAAAAGGCAUUUGCUUUUCUUAUGUCAUGCUAUCUUGGACUAGGACGAACGACGGUUCAGCCUGCUGAGGAAUACGAAAGGAAGAGCGUGGGCACAGAAAGCACAUUUGGUGAUAUGUCAGAUCCAGUCGAACUUCGAGAUAAACUUCGAGCUACUGCCGAGGAACUGGAAAAGGAUAUGGUGCGAACACAAUUCAAAGGCCGAACAUUGUGCUUGAAGGUCAAGCUACAUACAUACGAAGUAUUUACUCGACAAGUCAUUCCGCCAAAGGCUGUGUAUGUGGCCGAUGAUCUAUACAAAUAUUCUGUUCCAAUGUUAUCGAAGCUAGAGCAGGAAUUUCCAGGCCUGAGAUUACGACUUAUGGGCCUCCGGUGUACUCACUUGGUCAGCAUGAAGAAACCGGAUACGAUGGCAUUUUUCGGAUUCAAAAAACGACCUAAUGAGAGCGGAGAACCAGACAGUCCAUCGUCGACAGCCAAGCGGAGAGCAGAUACCCUUGAAGAUGACGAUGGAUGGGAAGCUAUACCGGAAGAGCUACUGUUCGAAGACGCAGAACGACAAGAACGUGAAGAUGAAUUGAACGAGCUUGAAAGUUUGAGCCAAGAAAUCGACAAACGAAGACAUCAUGGCAAGGAGAUUGUCCCAAAUCCGAAGAAACAAGAAAACCAGGAAGAAGAGGAGUGGUGGGAUUGUCCGAUCUGCUCCAGGCCUCAAGCUGCUAACGAGAAGGAGUUCAACGAGCAUAUCGACUUGUGUCUCUCGAGGCAGACUAUCCGAGAUGCUGUUCAGGAGACUUCGGACUUACGAUCGAGAGAGCCAACUCCUGCUCCGAAGAAGGUCAAAACGAGCAAUGAUCGGAGCAAAGGUGUGCCCGGAGAUCCGAAGCAGCGGCGCUUGUUCUUUGGAUAA